AUGGGAGGCCACAGAGCGACCAAGGCCAGGUACUCGUCCACUUCGACGGCAGAUCAGGAAGCUGCACAGUUCAGAGUAUAUAGACAAGAGUUUCUGGAGCUCCUAUUUCUCACUGAGGAAGACGAGAAGGUCCGUGAGGGAGCUGAUGGACCAAUUCAUGAGAAAGCAGUUGGUCUUGGGAGUUGA